UUCUCCGCUAUAUAAGUCGAGACUUUUUCACAAACCGCAUCAGAAGCCCAACAAGCUCUUCAUCCGACAGUUCUUUCCGUUCGACAUCGAGUUUCGAACUGCUAAAAUGGCUCUCAGGUUCACCUUCGUGAUUCUCGGCUUCGUCGCCCUUGCCAAGGCGCAGGAGGGAUAUCCUAGAGAAAAUCCAGCUGAUCGUUUCGGAUACAACUACAACGGCGACGAUGAGGGAUCCGUUUCCGGUGGUGAAAUACCCGGAGAACCAGGCAAGGACUAUCCAGUGUUGGCCGAGGUACCGGAAACGCGUUUCGCCUGCGACCAGCAACAGUUCCCGGGCUACUACGCCGACCCUGAAGCCCAGUGCCAGGUGUUCCACAUUUGCCAGUCAGGUGGACGCAAGGACUCUUUCCUCUGCCCGAACGGCACCAUCUUCAGCCAGGAGAAACUGGUCUGUGACUGGUGGUACAACUUCGAUUGCGCCCAGGCUCAGAGCCUCUACUCCAUAAACGAAGCCAUCGUCAGAGCCAUGGAAGAAGCCGACAGACUCGCGGCCGAGAAGAAGGCCGCCGAAGGCUACCGAUACUCUUCUCCAUCAUCGGAUGGCCUCAGGACCGAACAACAGAAGCAGCCGCAAGGACCUUCCUCGGACUUUGAUUCCGUCGUUGUCGAAGCUGCAAGGACCGCAGCAAAUCGGGCCCAGGUCCCUCAAGCCCAACGUCCAGUCUAUGACAGACCGGAAGUCCUCAGACGCCAACCGACUCAGGCUUAUACCGAGUCUUCUCAGAUCACCGGCGCCAUUUUUGAGCCACAGCCCAACGCUCCCAGGGACUCUGGAGCCCUGGUUAGGGAACCAUCUAGCAAAUAUCUUCCAGCACAAUUCCAGGCCGGUCAAUACUAAGUCCGUGAGAUCUGUACAGUGCGGAGAGAAAAUAUUCGGUAGUUUGAAUAGUUCGGACAUCGUUCGAGAGCGUAUCAAACAUAUCCUGAUAACGAUGGCACAACUCCUUCUUUUUUUUUGUUUGUUGGAAGUGUAAACCAACAGCGCAGUUCUUUUCUUCAACGUGUUUCAAUUUUGUGUUGUUUUUUUUUCUUUCUUUUCUUCGGUUUGUAAAAAUUAGCCAACCUCAUCGAGUCACUUUCGAAACCGUGUUCUUAUCUCAUAUGGAUAUUUUUUCUCUCUCCCCAUUGAUAUCUCGUAUGUUUUUUAUAUUUGUAUUAUCUAUAUAUUUAUAUGAAUACGUGCGUACGUACAGAUGUGAAGUAAAAAUAUAGUGGCCGGUAAUAAAUGAAUUUGCAGAUA